AUGGAACUAGAACUUAAGAAUACUAAUUUAGAGCCAAAUAAACUGCUUUAAUCCCCUUUGAAAGAAAAAGAAAAUAAUACGUUAAUAUAAAUCACAUCAUUUGACGAAGUUAUCAACAUGAUUCCUAUUGGGAAAUUUCACUACUUAUUUAGUGCUUCAAUUUUCCUCCAUUUUAGUACUGUAGCUGUCCUAACCUACAAUUUCAGCUUUAUACUAAUGUACCCAGAUUAUCUUUGCGAAGACUCAGCUACUAAAGAGUGGAAUUCAUGUUCAAGAGAAUAAGUGUGCAAUUAAAAAGGAGAUAUCAGUUAAUGGAGAGUUAACGAUAGAAGUCCUAAAACUUUAGACAAUUGGAUGGUGAAAAUGAAUUUGCACUGUUCUGAACAAUAUAUAAUAGGAAUGUUUGCCUCAAUAGAUAUGAUCGGUUAACUUUUUGCUAGUGUACUUUUCCCAACGCUUGCUGAUAAAUAUGGCAGAAGAAUUUUCACUUAUAUAGGGGUUUACAUUCAAAUUUUGGCUUACUUGAUGAUGAUAAUUUUUCCAUCUUAUCUAGUAGCUUAUGGCUCCAUUUUUUUUCUAGGAAUAACCUUUAACAAUAAGAAUUUUAUCUCAUACACUCAUCUAGUUGAGCUAAUGGGAAAGAGAGCAUCAUUUGUAACUGGAAUUCUAUUUUGCUAUGAUUCAUGCAUUUUUAUAAUCUCCCCACUUAUUAUGGUAUAUGUUACUAAAAAUACGAAUCUAUUUUUAUACGUGGGUUUUGCAAUGUCUAUAUCUGCUUUGGUACUCUUACACAGUUUUUAUUUUCCAGAGUCACUUAGAUUCAAUAUAUCAUAAAAGAAAUUUGAUAACGCUGAGAGAGAUCUGAAGCAUAUAUUAUCUACUAACAAAGUUCCUUUGAGGUAGAGUCAAGAGAUUGAGUAAAACUUUAAUGAGUUUAAGAGAUACCAAUUAGACUAUGAUGCUUAGAAUUAGGAAAGUGUAAAUUAAGGAAGAAAUGCAAUAUAAACAUUGAUAUCAAACCCUCGAACUUUAUUGAACCUUCUGUUUCUUGGAAUAUGCUGGGUCUCAUCUAGUGGAACCUUCUUUAUUUUCAUAAUUUUCAUAAAAUAUUUGCCAGGUGAUCCAUUCCUAACAGGAGUUGCGAUGGGAUUCUCAUGUUUGGGGUAUAUUGCAUCUGACUAUUUAACUUUUAAGUUUGGAGUGUUGAAAAAUAUGAUCUACUCUUACGGGGUUUGUGCAAUCCUAUUAUCCUUGAUAUUAAUACUAGAUUAAUUUACAAUUUCAGUGGUCUUAUAUGCAUUCUUAUUUUUCAUUUUGAAAUUUGUUGUUUGUAUUGCUUAUUCAGCUAUUUUUGUUUCUCAUGUAGAACUUUUUGAUUCAAAUAUAUUAUCAACUAGUUAUGGAAUUUGUGGAUUUCUUUCUAAAAUUGUAAACAUUUUCAUCCCUAUUUUGGUCGAAGCAAAAAAUAAAAAUACGCCCAUUGUAGCCAUUUUGAUAAUAAAUAUAUUAGCUUGUGUUGCUAGUAAGUUUUUGAAUAAAAAGAAUUGA